AUGUCCACACUACUGCCACUACGAGGCCAGCGGGCCGCGGCGCUACCGGACGUCUCUCCAGUCUCACUCCGUGAUCCGUUAUUACAGAUCGAGCGGCAAGCCAGUCUAAUCCAACGCAUACUUCAAGAUCUCAUUGACGCCCAAAGCGAGGGUCUAGCAGGAGGGCUUGGUCAGCCAUCGCUGGACAGUACGUCGACUGUGAGUCUCACAAAUGGUUCGGUUGCAUUGGGUCGAGCGCCGUCUCCAGCAACGCCUGCGCGACGACAAUCUUCAACGCGUAUCAGCCUGGAAAAAGCAAGGCAAGCCAUUUCUCGAUCGAUACUAGAUCUCCUUAAACUUCGCGAGACUGAGAGCGCUGUGUUGUCCCUUCACGAAGAAGAGCGAGAUAACGCGCUUGGGGAGAUCCGCGACUUCUUGGCGAGAAAAAGAGGACUGCAGGAGGCUAUAUCGUCCGUCCGCAAUGACCAACAAAGUCAGGAAGCUCAUCGCCUCCGGCAAGAAGCCGCAAGCCUUGAGACUGAGAUUGGUGAUCUUGAAACCAGAUUGUACGAAAUGAAAGCUCAUCAUCGAAACCUGAUCGUUCAAAUAUCGAGCAUUGAGAACUCUAUCGACGCGAAACGGUCCUCUUACACAGAGUCUUUAUCUCUUCUCCAGUCCGAUGUAGAUACUUACCUCCGUAACCCACCAGUCCAGCAACUAGCCGGAUUCUCGAAUGAGUCUUCAAUCUACACUUUGAAACCAGACCGACGCACACUCGAGUUGGCAGAGGAGCAAUGGAAACUUGAGCGCGAGCACUUGCACACAAGGCAUCUGGCAGUCGAUGCAGAGAUCGUUGCCCUCGAAGAAGGGGGUGAUAUCUGGAAACAGGCUGUCGCCGAUCUCUCCACCUUCGAGAGUCUUCUUCGAACCCAAAUGCGCUUGUACAUAGAACGUCAAUCCUCACUGGUCAUUUCUGAGGAUGAGCCGCUGCCCUUGCCUCUGAGGGAAAUCGCAGCCAAGGUCUCGACAGAACUGGACAAGACAGCUUCCCGACUUGAGAACUUUCUGGAGCUUGCCAAUAAGCGGGAGUGGAAAUUACUUGUCUGUUGUCUGUCUGCGGAAGUUGAAGCACUCCACGAAGCUCGAGGGAUCCUUCUGCCGGCGUUUGGAAUACCCGUUCGCCUCGAGGCGGCUUCUUCAAAUGGAGCAUCGUCGGAUGAUGACUCCCCAGCUGGACCCAAGACAACGCAGGAUGGGUUGUCUCGCCAGAAAGAAGACCGGGAGAGGGAGAACAGUGACUCGGAGCCUCCGGCGGAUCUUUUGCAAGAUGAUUCUAACCACACAACCCACCCCAUCUUACGAUCAGACGAUGAUGAGCCAGAUCCUGCCUGGCUUUGA